AUGACACUGAUAGAUUUAGAUCAAUACUGGCGGGGGAGGUGUGUGAGUGCCUUUUCGGAAUCCCGGUCUGUUCUACUGUCCUUGCUGAACGCCCAGGGAAUACAAAACAGAUAUGGCGAAAAGCCGAGGGAGAUAUUACCCAGUGGGACUUCAUGUCUCUACGUAUGCAAACUAUCUCGAGCAUCACCAGCGGCUGAAACAUGGCCGUCAGCUAACCAACGGACAUACCAAAGGUAUCCUCCAACAAAACAGUAA